ACAGGCAGAGGGAGAAGCAGGCUCCAUGCAGGGAGCCCGACAUGGGACUCGAUCCCAGGACUCCAGGAUCACGCCCUGAGCCGAAGGCAGGCAUUCAACCGCUGAGCCACCCAGGCGUCCCUGUCUGUCUUCAAUAAAAUACAGGACACCCAGUGAGGUUUGAAUGUCAUAUAAACAUUGAAUUUCUUUAGUAUAAGUAUGACCGAAAUAUUGCAUGGGACAUAUUUACACUAAGAAGUUAUUUGGAGCAGCCCGGGUGGCUCAGCGGUUUAGCGCCACCUUCAGCCCCGGGCGUGAUCCUGGAGAACUGGGAUCGAGUCUGGCGUCGGGCUCCAUAUGUGGAGCCUGCUUGUGUCUCUGCCUCUGUGUGUGUGUGUGUGUGUAUCUCAUGAAUAAAUAAAAUCUUUUUUUUUUUUUUAAAGUUAUCUUACAUCCAAAUGGCAUCCUGUAAUUUGCUAAAUCUGGCAACCUUAUCUCAAGGUGGGCAGUGAUCCCAAGGUUGUUUCCUGUGCCUGUGUUUCCUGGGAUGAUCCUAAGGACAGAGCCCAUAUGGCUCUCCUUUUGCCAUCUGUGCCCUGUACAUGCCCUGAGGUAGUAGUUCCUGCACAGGUGCAGAAGCGGAAGGAGGGCUAGGAAGGGGAUUCCCAGUGUCUGGCACAGACUGAUGCAUUCUGAAUUAGAGGUUCCCUCUGUGGUAAGGAGAGCUGACCUGACCUGAAGUGAAGGCUAAAGUUGAUUUACCUGGUUUCACUUUGUUUUUCUGCUAGUCUGUUUUCACUGCUGAGUAUUCAGAUCUGACUAGGAAGUUAAAGUUAGCCUCAGAGAUGUGUAAACUCAUUCAAAGAAAGAGGAAGGGGCCCAAGGUGGCCUGGAUGUGGGUCCCCUGGAAUAGGUGAGGAGGUUCAGAUUAGUGCUCGUCCUGCUGGCUUCGGAGACUAGGAAACAGGCCCUGUGGUCCCUCCAGAGGCAGAUGGCAAGGAGAGGACGGGGCAGAUGAAAUGCUGGGCCAGGCACUUGCCUCUGAUUGUGAGGAACGCAGAGCUGAGCCGGAAAUGCCACUGGGCUAUAAGCCCUCCCAGCAGGAGGGCAGUCAGUUCAACAGCACCUUCAGGGAGGGAAACUAUCCUGGUUCCUCAUCCUGGAGCUCAGAGGGGGGACCCUGGGGUCUGCUCUCAGCUCUGCUCCUAAGUUGAUCUGGAGCCUCGAAUAAGGCCCUAUUGUCUCUGGGCCUUUGAACGUUCUCCUCUAGAGCUAUGAUGGCAGAGGGUAUAGUAGAUUUCCAUCAUGGUUUCUCUCAGUUCUAAAAUUGUUGCUAUAUGUGUAAUUUUAAGCCUUCUCAUGGUUCCUGUUUACUGGCCAGGGAAGAGGGCUGGCGACCAAAGUUCAUCAAUAAUACUUACUAUAUCUGAAGAUUACUUUUCAUUUGCCCCUCAGUGUUUUCUCUUAUCCAGGCAAAAUACCAAAGUCCUUUUUUUUUUUUUUUCCAGAAGGCUGUAUCCAAAUGAGUUAACCAGUGAGAUCUACCCUCCUAAAAACCUCAUGUCAACAUAGUAAUUACUAACUCUAUGGGACCAGAAGCUACAAUUAAUGUUUCAAUCCCAUUUCAGCAUUCUUUCACUCAUUUAUUCAUUUGGCAAAUAUUUAUGGAGCUCAGAAGACGCUUCAGGCAGAUUUGAGGUCUGGGAGGAAAACUUCAGCAGAACUACAAAACAUGCCAAACUCCAGGUGACCUCAGACCUAGUUCCUCAAGUCCUUUGCCUCUCUCUUCUGUUGGUGGGAUCUUAAAGUUUCAGUGUUCAGCCACCUGUACAUCAAAUGUAGAGGCAAAACAAAAAUAAGUUGCGAUGAAAGCUUGAAAGUGUUGGCUAACAAGUGCUGCACUUGAGAUGGAGUUACUGCCCCUCUGGCUCUGCCUGGGUUUUCACUUCUUGACCUUGGAAUGGAGAAAUCGAAGUGGAAUGGCCACAGCAGCUUCCCAAGGCGGCUGCGAGUUGGUUGACGGAGGGGCCGACUGCCGCGGGCGGAACCUCGAGGCCGUGCCCGCCGACCUGCCGGCCUCCUCCCGGCGCCUCCUCCUGGACGCCAACCCGCUCGGGACCCUGUGGAACCACUCGCUGGGCCGCUACCCGGAGCUCGAGAGCCUCAGCCUGCGCGGCUGCCGCCUCGAGCGCAUCGGCCGCGCCGCCUUCCGAGGCCAGGCCCGCGUGCGCAGCCUGGCGCUGCCCGACAACCGCCUGGGCGAGAGCUACCGGGACGUGGCGGCCGCCUUCCGGGGCCUGCGGGAUCUGCGGACGCUGGACCUGUCGGGGAACGCUCUGACGGAAGACAUGGUGGCCGCCCUGCUGCGCCAUGUGGCGUCGCUGGAGUCGCUGGCGCUGGCGCGGAACGCCAUCAUGCGGCUCGACGAGUCGGUGUUCGAGGGCCUGCGGCGCCUCCGGGAGCUCGACCUGCAGCGCAACUACAUCUUCGAGAUCGAGGCGGGCGCCUUCGACGGCCUGGCGGGGCUGCGGCGCCUCAACCUGGCCUACAACAACCUGCCGUGCAUCGUGGACUUCCGCCUCACGCAGCUGCGCGUGCUCAACGUCAGCUACAACGCGCUGGAGUGGUUCCUGGCGGCGGGCGGCGCGGCCUUCCAGCUCGAGACGCUCGACCUGUCGCACAACCAGCUGCUCUUCUUCCCGCUGUUGCCCGGCUGCGGCCGCCUGCGCACGCUGCUGCUGCGCGACAACCUGCUGGGCUUCUACGCGCGCCUGGACAACGCGUCGGCGCCGCGCGAGGCGGUGGCGCAGUUUGUCCUGCUGGAUGGCAACGAGACGCGCGUGCGCACCGUGCGCCUGUGGGACGAGGCGGCGGCCGGCGACCUGGGCGAGCUGCGCGUGCUGGACCUGAGCCACAACCGCUUCCGGUACCUGCCCGACGGCUUCCUGCGCGCCAUGCCGGCCCUGGCCCGCCUCAGCCUCCGCCGGAACUGCCUGGCGUCGCUGCACUUCCGGCCGUGCGAGCCGCCCGCGGCGCUCGCGGAGCUCGACCUGAGCCACAACCUGCUGGCCGAGCUGCGCGUGGCGCCGGGCCUCCGCGGCCGCCUGCCGAGCCUCCGCGCCUUCAACCUCAGCUCCAACCGGCUCGCGGGCGUCCCGGCCGGCCUCUUCGCCGCCGCCGCCAACCUCAGCGCCGUGGACCUGAGCCACAACCGCAUCGCGCUGUGUCCCGCGCCCCGCGGCCGCGCGGCCUGCGUGGACCUGCGCAACGCGGCGUCGCUGCGGAGCCUGGCGCUGGAGGGCUGCGGGCUGCCGCCGCUGCAGGAGCACGCGCUGCAGGGCACGGCGCUCACGCACCUGGACCUGUCGGGCAACCACGGCGUGCUCAACGGCUCCGUGGGCGCGCUGCGGGCCGUGGCCGCCACCCUCCAGGUGCUGGCGCUCAGGAACGUGGGCCUGGGCCGCGGCCUCCCCGAGCUGGACCUGACGGGCUUCGGGAGCCUCCGCGACCUGGACCUGUCGGGGAACGCGCUGCGCGCCUUCCCGCGGCUCGGCGGCGGCCCGGCCCUGCGGCGCCUCGACCUGCGCGGGAACCGCCUCACGGCGCUGCCGCGGAGCGCGGUGGCCGAGCCGCUGGCGCGGGGCCUGCGCACCAUCUACCUCAGCCAGAACCCCUACGACUGCUGCGGCCUGGACGGCUGGGCCGCCCUGCAGCGCCUGCACGCCGUCGCCGACCUGGCCGCCGUCACCUGCAGCCUGUCCUCCAAGGUGCUGCGCCUCGCCGAGCUGCCCGGGGGCCCGCCGCGCGACUGCCGGUGGGAGCGCGUGGACACGGGCCUGCUGUACCUCGUGCUCGUCCUCCCCAGCGGCCUCACCCUGCUCGUGGCCGGCACCGUGCUCUCCCUCACCUUCAGGAAGCCCCUGCUGCGCCUCAUCAAGAGCCGCUGCCACUGGCCGUCCGUCUACUGAGCCGGCCCGGCGACCGGCGCCGCCACGGCCGGCUUUCCCGACCCGGUGCAGGCGACAGGCCCCGCGAACCGAGGUUCAAGUUAAAGCCUGAAAUGUCGCCGCCCCUGGUGGUCCCCGGGCGCGCCCUCCCACACUGUGCGCCACCC